AUGUUAAUUUUUCAAAAAGUUCGACGGAAAUUGCGGCACUUCUGGAAAAGGAGAAAAAGUAAAAAGGAUCGUUUACUGCUUUAUGAAUUACUCGUCUUGAUUGCCGUUUUCGUGCUGUUUAUCCAAAUGAAAUAUAGGAAUCGCUUUGAUGAUCGACAUCGGAUCACUGAGAUAAACCUACCCGAUCAUGGACAAAAGAGCAAUAGCGCUGCUAAAAUACCCAUCUUUGAAGGCCCCAAAAAUGCUCGUCAAGAGGCGGUUGUAAAAGCAUUUCAGCACGCGUGGGCAGGCUACAAAAAAUAUGCUUGGGGUCAAGAUGAGCUCCGACCAAUCUCGAAAAGUUACUCCACUUGGAUCGGUGCUGGAUUGACGCUCGUUGACGCAUUAGACACAGCAAUUAUCAUGGGACUUGAUCAAGAAGUACGGGAUGGAGCAGAAUGGAUUGAGAACUCGCUAACAUUUGAUAAAGAUCAUUCGACGAAUCUCUUCGAGACGACAAUUCGUUUUCUGGGUGGCCUUCUUUCGAGUUAUCACCUUACUGGGAAUCAGAUUUUUGCUAGAAAAGCUGAAGAUCUUGGAAGACGACUGUUGAAGACAUUCACUGGCUCAAAGUCGCCGAUUCCUUGGAGCAAUGUGAAUUUGAGAAGCGGCACCACCUCAAGUGUAUAUGACGAAGCAGUGAUGAGUCUUGCAGCCGUCGGUUCGCUACAACUUGAGUUUCGCGAGUUGAGCCGAAUAACCGGUGACAAAAGAUUUGAGAAAGCCGCUUUCCUAGCCAGCCAGCAGAUUCACGAGAAUGGAUGCAACGGAGGGCUAUGUCUGCAAUUCAUCGAUGUGCACACGGCUCAGUUUAGAGAUAAGGGAUUGAUCUCAUUUGGUGGUCGGUCAGACAGUUUCUACGAGUAUUUACUCAAACAGUGGAUCCAGACAGGGAAAAGGCUAGAUUGGCUAAUUUCUGACUACGAAGCUGCAAUGUCUUCGAUGGAGGAGAAAUUGCUGCGUUUGAGUGAACCAAGCAAAAUCCCCUUCGUUGGAGAACUUCACCCGCUCGGGAAAUUCUUCUUCGGCUCAUUUUUCUCCACAAGAAUGGAUCACCUCACUUGUUUUCUACCUGGGACACUUGCACUUGGCGUUGCACAUGGAAUGCCUAGCAGACAUCUCACCAUUGCUCAAGGAUUGGCUGAGGGUUGUCAUGCAAUGUAUCAAACGAAAACUGGUUUGGCGCCUGAGGCCAUCUAUUUCAAUAUGGAUCCGAAGAAGAUGGAUGACUUCUCUUGUGAGCCAUCCGACUCCCAUUCUCCACUCCGUCCUGAGGCGAUUGAGGCCUGGUUUUACAUGUACCGUUUGACUGGGAACACAACCUAUCAAAAGUGGGGCUGGGAGGUCUUUCAGGCAAUGGAAAAGCACGCAAAAUUGGACGUGGGAUAUGCAAGUGUGAGGAAUGUGAAAAGUCUUCCAGUGGAACACAAUGAUCUGAUGGAAUCAUUUUUCUUGGCUGAAACAUUGAAAUAUCUGUAUCUAUUGUUCGAUGAUGCGAGAGAACUCUUUCCAUUGGACCAAUGGGUGUUCAACACUGAAGCACAUCCACUUCCAAUACACUCAAGU